AUCCUGUCUGAGGUUAUGGAGUUGGAUUGGAAUUUAUACACCAAUCCAAUUCAAUUCCAUAUUUUCUUAUUCCGAAUCCGAAAGUUCAGUUCAGUAUCUUUCUGUUCUGUCAUCUGGAGUUUGCCUUUGAUCUGAUUGAAAAGAUUUAAGUCAAACUAAUCUGAUUGUGGAAUGAUUAUUUGAAUCUUUUCUUUGUAAUACAAUUUGGGGAGUACAAUUUUGAAAUAUGGCUGCGAGAAGAGCUACGCACGCAGGAAGUUGGUAUUCAGAUUCUAAUAAAGAACUCAACAAGCAGUUGGAAAGUUGGCUGAACGCAGCCGACCUAAUCCAUGGACCUGCUCGUGCUAUCAUAGCACCGCACGCAGGGUACCAAUACUGUGGAGCAUGCAGUGCCUUCGCCUACAGGCAGAUCAGCCCUGCUGUUGUGCAACGCAUAUUCAUCCUGGGUCCGUCCCAUCAUGUACGACUGGCGGGCUGCGCACUCUCUACUGCUGUCAAGUACAGAACUCCACUCUAUGACCUACGUGUUGACACUCAAGUGUAUGCAGAACUGGACGCAGCUGGACAGUUCGACAGGAUGAAUUUAGAUGUGGACGAGGAUGAACACAGCAUUGAAAUGCACUUGCCUUUCAUAGCCAAAAUAAUGGAAGAUUAUAAAGACCAGUUCACAAUUGUACCUGUGCUCGUCGGGUCUUUGAGCCCAGAGCGAGAGGCUGCCUAUGGGCGCAUCUUUGCUAGAUAUUUAGCAGAACCUCAGAAUUUAUUUGUUAUAUCGUCUGACUUCUGUCACUGGGGACAGCGUUUCCGUUACACAUACUAUGAUCGCAACUGGGGUGAUAUAUAUCAGUCCAUCACCAGACUCGAUCGUAUGGCAAUGGACAUCAUAGAAACCCUAAACCCUGCUGCCUUUACUGACUAUCUAAAGCGCUAUGCAAACACAAUAUGUGGUCGACAUCCCAUUGGUGUUUUGCUUCAUGCUGCUAGCUGUCUUCAGAGAGCUGACAUGUACUCGCAACGAAUGACUCUCAAGUUUCUGAAGUAUGCUCAGUCUAGCCAGUGUGAGAACAUGAAUGAUUCUAGUGUGAGUUACGCGGCGGGAGUGCUCACAUUCGAAUAACAUGAACUGCCUCCUAGGUACAGUAUUCGCUAUGAUCUCUGCAAUAGUUGACAGCGCUCUGCCCCGUAUCAGUGAGAGCUCAGCACACGGACACAUAAAAAAUUGUAGAAUUUCGUGAAUUUUAUAUGUUCGUUCUUAGUGCUAUAUUAUAUAUUUAUAUAUAUAUAUAUAUAAGAUUAUUUAUUUUUCUUAAGUUAUGAAUUAAAUGAUUUGUGUUGGUUUCUUUAAAUUAGUUGUUCAAGAGGAAGGAGGGUAAUUUUUUAUGAAUCAUUUAUAAAUCUAUAGAAUAGAUUAUAAUUUUAUUGUUAAAAAUUAUUUCUUUUAGCAUAAUUUGCAUUGUUAUUUUAUGUGACAGUAUCUGAUAGAGAAAAAAAAUUAUGCUGGUUGUGAACAGCGGUAUGGUAAUUAUAAUUUUCUAAUAUUAAGUAAUAAAAGGUAAAUUUAGUAAAA